AGUUUAAAAACGCGCAAUAUCUUUUUCUUCCUACAUUUCAAUGGAAAAAAAUAUGAAGAAACUGAGGAACUUAGAUUAACUAAGCACAGAAAAAGGAAGAAUGAACAAGUGAAAAAAGGAAGCAUCAUGGCCUAAUCAACAGAAAAAGGAAGAAUGAACAAGUGAAAAAAGGAAGCAUCAUGGCCUAAUCAACCGAAGAAGAACAAAGAGGCCAAAAAAAAACUGUAAAAGGGAAUAAAAGUAAGCGAAAAAUAAGGUGAAGAAGUGAAAUUGAAUAAAAUCACUCCCUCCCUCCUUGUGUGUAUCGUCUCACCGGCGAUCCACCGUACAAGGAGGAAACAACCGUUCACCAGAUCUCACUAUGAACGAUUUCAAUGGUUUAUUAGGUACUGAUUUUAAGUUGAAACAACAAUCGGCGGCAAUGUCAUCCAAAGGAUCUUUACAUUUCACCAAAACUUCUUCCCUCAACUUCGAUUCAACUUCCCGAUCCUCUCGCUCUCACAAUCAAGAUUCUGCUCUCUUCUCCGAUCUCUUCAAUGACAAUUCCAUCUCCGGCAGCUCCAGCUCCGGUUUCGCUUCCCAUUCCAUCAACUCACCUGUCUACGAUAAACCUGUUUACGAUGAUGACAGUGUCUCACGCCACGACGGAAGGACCACCGCGUUUGACGAUCUUCUCGGUGGAUUCGGUCAUUCGAAGAAAGCCGUGAAGAAUGAGAAAGGCGUGGAUGAUUUUGAUGAUCUGAUCUCUGGAUUUGGGAACAGUAAGCCCUCCUCCCGUCAAAGGCCGACUCCUGAUACUGGUUCAUCAUCAGAAUCUACUUUCAGUGCAUCUAAAACAACCUCCAAUACAAGAGAAGAUACUUUCAAAAUAUUUGAAUCAGCUUCUGCUCCAACUGGUUCAUCCUCAGGCCACUUUACGGAUCCAUUAGAAGAAAUUAGUAAAUUUACUAGUUCUAGAAGCACAAAAACUGAUAGCUCAUCAAAUUCUAAUGGUGGAGUAUAUGAUAAUACUGAUCCCUUUGAUGGACUUGGAAAUUCAGUACCAGCAUUUUCAUCAGAGAGGACCUACAGGAAUGGUACCAGUUCCCCGAUGGCGAGGUCAAACACAAGUUCAAGUUGGACCAGAGAAAAAGAAUCAUUUGAAAAAUUGUCUGUCAGGAGUCCUGAUAGACGGACACAUAACAAGAUUCCUGUUGAACAUGAUCAGGAGUUUCAUCAAACUCCAUACAUGCCUACAUAUUCAUCUGAUUCUAAUAAACCAGUAGUUGGCCCAAGGUCUACUUCCCCUUUUUAUGCUAAUGAUGGUUUUAGACAGGUCGAUUCUCGGGUAGACAUGUCUCCAAAAUAUGAAGAAAAGUUGGUCUCAGAAGAUGAUAUAUGGCUAACGGUAUCAGAGAUUCCUCUUUCCACACAACCAACUGCUGCUCCACCACCUUUAAGACCGCCUCCUCCUCGACCAGUUCAUAUCCCUAAGUCAGAAACCGGUACACCAGCUUUUGCCAAUGUCAGGAAAGACAACGAAUUUUCUUCUUUCCCAAUUUCCACUCGAUUUUCUCAGGAUCCUAAAUAUGCUCCUGCUACAGCCAAGUUAUCUUCUGCAUCGCAGUUUGAUGAAGUUAAAGAUUUUGCCAUGGGCAGGAGUCACGGUGAUGAUGAUGAACAUGAAAAAUUAGGGAUGAACUCAGCUGCUACAGCUAUGAAGGAGGCUAUGGAGAGAGCUGAAUCUAAAUUUAGACAUGCAAAGGAAGUUAGGGGAAGAGAGAAUACAAAACCUGCUCGAAGCAAAGAAUCCAUACAUUCGGAGAAAGGUGACAGAGCUGUGCCAGAGGGGAGAGGCAGGUUAGACCAUGUGCAGAAGCAAAAGGAGAUGGAGGAAAUGAAUCAAAGAAGAAUUGAGAGGGAAAUGGAGGAGAAAGAAAGAGAACAACGGCGACUUGAGAGAGAAAGAGAAAAAGAAAGACACGCUGUGGAAAGAGCUACUAGAGAAGCACGUGAAAGAGCAGCUGUUGAAGCUCGUCAUAGAGCUGAGAAGGCUGCUGUUGAGAAAGCUAAUGCAGAAGCUAGAGUGCGUGCUGAAAGGGCCGCAGUUCAGAGAGUACAAGCUGAAGCCCGUGAAAGGGCUGCUGCUGAAGCAAAGGAAAGGGCAGAAAAGGUUGCUGCAGGGGCAAAGGGGAGAGAAGCACGAGAAAGAGCUGCAGCUGGAAGGACUGAAGCUGAAACGCGAGUUAAAGUAGAACGUGCUGCUGUAGAAAGGGCGGCCGCAGAGGCCCGAGAAAGAGCUGCAGCUGCUGCAAGAAUGUACCAGCAAAAAAAGGAAAACGAUCUUGAAUCGUUCUUCAGCAUGAGCGGACGGGCCAACAGUGCUCCAAGACCUCCUAGAUCUAGCUCUUCUGAUUCAAAUUUUGAUGCCCAGUUUCAGCCAGAUGUAAGUCGAAAAUCUACAAGCACGUCGUCAAACAUAAAGAAGGCAUCGACAUCAAAUAAUAUUGUCCAUGAUCUUUCCUCAAUUUUCGACGCUUCUUCAUCAGCUGGAGGAUUUCAGGAAGUUGAAGGGGAAAGUGAAGAAAGACGAAAAGCCAGGUUGGAACGCCUUCAAAGGGCUCAGGAGCGCGCGACAAUAGCAUUGGCUGAGAAGAAUCAACGGGACCUACAGACUCAAAGAGAGCAGGCUGAGAGACAUAGGUUUGCGGAAACACUGGAUUUUGAAGUUAGACGCUGGGCUGUGGGAAAAGAGGGGAACUUGCGUGCUUUACUCUCCACCCUACAAUAUGUCUUAUGGCCUGAAUGUGGUUGGCAAGCAGUUUCUUUGACUGAUCUUAUUACAGCCGCUACUGUUAAAAAGGCUUAUCGGAAAGCUACACUGUGCAUUCAUCCUGAUAAAGUGCAGCAGAAGGGUGCCACUCUUCAACAGAAGUAUAUUGCAGAGAAGGUUUUUGAUCUACUAAAGGAGGCAUGGAAUAAGUUCAACUCAGAGGAGCUUUUUUAAUCUCUGAACAACUUUACAACUUCAAGGUAUUUUGCACUUUGCACUAUGCACAACCGAUUCCAUUUGGGGGGACAACAGCCCUAUUUCAGCUACCUCCAUCAUUACCUAAUUGUUUUGAUGUUGCAUCAAUGGUGAAAAAUUGAUUUCCUUGUUUGGCGCAAGGAUACCCAAAGGUUACACUUGGGUGGGGGUGUUGGAUUUAUACGGAUGCUUAAGAAUGUUGUAUAUUUUGUGGUAAAAUAUCUUUUUGCAGGCAUUUGUCAAUUUAAUUCAUUAUUUAUGUCAAGUGAAAAGCUCACAAGCGAUCUUUUUAUUUUUCCUUAAUUGUAUUAUUUGUGGUAUAGUUAAAGCUAAAUGUAUAUUACCCCCUCUUGUGAAUUGACAUUACAAUGUGGGAAGUUCUAGUGUAAUUGAGCUUAAGUCCCAUGCACCUUAUUUGUACAA